CUCUCUUUCUAAAAAUCAUACAAUCGUUAAAUUCGUCCUUGUGCAGCCCGCCCUUUACUUUUCCAUUACCAAUAUCGCAAUUGACUACCUUAGUUUACUCUUUACUCGCUCUCGCCCUGCACUCCUCUCCACUCCAUCCAUUACAUCCACUUCAUCCCGUUUUUUUUUAAUAUAUUGCGCGCUUUACUUCCCGUUUCCUCCGACAUAUAUUUCUAUCCUCAACACCCUCUUCACACCCCCCAACAACCAAUAACUGAGCCAGAAGAAACACAUACGAAAAAAGUCAUGGCUUCAUCAAACCUUUCCCGAUCCUUCGUAGCUCGCUCAUUUUUCAUUCAAAAGGCCGGUUUCUCUUCCCUUUCCUUUUCUUCCUCCUCACAUCUGCGUUCCUUUGUUACUGCUUCCCCCACAUCUUCGCUUCGAUCCUUCUCAAGUAUUUCAACCGUCCGAGGUUCUUCUCUCUCCAUUCUUUCUCCUUCUUCUUCCUCUUCUUCUUUGCCAACUCUCAUCUCCACUCACAGCAUUCGCCGUACCCUUUCAUCAGCAUCGACCGCGAUAUCCGAACAGACCAUCGACAACUAUAGUGAACACCAUCAGCAUCAAGACAACAUGACCGUCACCGAGAAGCUCAACCACCAUAGCAUCCAGCAGAUCUCAAAAUCGCCCUACCUCAACCAGAGUACCGCAACUCCCUCUGAACUCCGUACGGCCCUUCGUCUCAAUGGACUGAGCCCCGCUAAGGUCGAGUCGUUCGACACCCAGAAGAAGCGUGCGCUUGCCCAGCUCCGGAGCAAGUCGACCGAUCUUGAAAAGUACGUCUUCUUGGCCUGGCUCAGGAAUACGAACGUCCGUCUCUUCUAUGGCCUGGUCAGCGAUCAGCUCGAGGAAACCCUGCCUCUGAUCUACACACCCACUGUCGGCGCCGCAUGCCAAAACUACUGCAGUAUCUACCCCUUCCUCGCCCCUCCCGGCCAACCCGACGGCCUCUUCCUGUCCAUCAACGAUCUUCCCAACCUCACCCAGAUCAUUCAGAACUACAAGCCAUACCCUCAGGACCCCAGCCUCACCCCACAGAUUGCCGUCAUCACAGACGGCUCCCGUAUUCUCGGUCUUGGUGAUCUCGGUGUGGGCGGAAUGGGUAUCCCCGUCGGAAAGCUUCAGCUGUAUGUUGCCGGUGCCGGUGUCGACCCAAGACGCACGAUCCCCAUCACCCUUGAUCUCGGUACCAACAACGAGGAUAAGCUCAAGGACGAGUUCUAUCUGGGCUUGCGUCAGAAGCGCGUUGGUGACGACCAAUUCUUCCCCUUUGUCGAUGCCGUUCUUGAAGCCCUCACCUCUCUUUAUCCCAAGCUGCUGAUCCAGUUUGAGGACUUCUCAUCUGAGCACGCCUUCCAGCUCCUCGAUAAGUAUCAACCUACCAAGUUCUGCUUCAACGACGAUAUCCAAGGAACUGGUGCCGUCAUCUUGGCUGGAUUCAUGAAUGCCAUCAACCUUGCUGGCAUCCCCGCCAAGGACCACAAGAUUCUCUUCUUUGGUGCCGGAUCUGCAGCUGUGGGUGUUGCGAAGCAGUUGGCUGCGUUCUUUGUAAACGACCACGGCAUGAGCGAGGACAAGGCACGCGAGAUGGUCUGGUUGGUCGACUCAAAGGGUUUGGUGACUCUGGAUCGUGGUGACAAGUUGGCGGAGCACAAGCUGUACUUUGCCCGCAAGGACAACAACGGCUCCCAAUACCCUGACAUCCAGUCUGUGAUUGAGCACGUCCGCCCUACAGCCUUGUUCGGUCUCUCAUCACAGUCUGGUGCCUUCUCCGAGGACGUCCUCAAGUCGAUGGCUAGCUUGAACGAGCGCCCCAUUGUCUUCCCUCUUUCCAACCCUGCCUACCAGGCCGAGUGCUCGUUCGAGCAGGCCAUGGUCCACACCAAGGGCAAAGUCAUCUUUGCUUCAGGCACUGCAUUCCCCAAGUACACUGAUCCUCACACUGGCCUCCUCAGUUCGCCUGGUCAGGGCAACAACAUGUACAUCUUCCCUGGUCUCGGUCUUGGCAGUAUCCUGGCCCAGCCCAAGAACAUCAGUGACCGUCUGAUCUACAGCGCUGCCCGUGCUUGUGCCAACGCGUUGACGGUUGAGGAGCGCGGUCAGGGUCUGUUGUACCCAGUCUUGCCCCGCAUCCGUCAGGUGUCUGCUGAAGUUGCAGCAGCGGUCGUUGCAGAGUCCGUUGCGGAGGGCACGGCAACGAACGAGGAGGCGAUCAAGCUUGUGAAGACCCACGACAGGAGCGCACUCCUGAACUUCGUCACCAGCAACAUGUGGACGACUGAUGGAGUUGAGGAGGAGAUCACCACGUUUGCGCCUCACCUGUAGAGGAGCGUGUGUUGCUAUCGUCGCUUUUGGCACAGGCAUUGUUCAUUCUUUUACCCUUCACCAGCCCAUUGACAAACUGCAUUAUUUUUUCAAAGAAUAAAAAAACCAACCUAAUUUCCCUU